CUAACGACAGGAGGAAAUGCGAAAGUCACGCAGCGCUGUAAACAAACCCCGGAACUAUCGAUAGAGUCACAACAAAUCCCGAUUCCAGCCGGCAUAUUCCGGAACGUAGCCUCUCCUCAGAACGUCAAUAAAAAGGGCACUUGCCAAUCCGAUGGACAAGCGCGUCACAAUCCUGCUGCCCAACGGGCGGCGGCAGAAUGUGAACGUGACGGCGAACAUGACGCUGCUGGAGAUCCUGGAGACGGCCUGCUCCAAGCACGGCUUCGAGGCGGAGGAGCACUGCCUCAAAUUCCACAACAAGGUGAUCGGAUUGACGCAGCAGUUCCGCUUCAGUGGGCUGCCCAACAACUGUGUCCUGGAGAUGGAGCCCACGGAGAAGCGGCGCACCCUGAGCAAUGUCCUUGUCUGCAUACAGUUGAACGACGGAUCGCGCCAGCAGGCGGACUUCUCGCCCAACGACUCCGUUUGGCUGGUGGUGCAGAAGCUCUGCGAAUCGCAGGUCAAAGGUUACGAGAGCCCUGUCAUCGUCUACAUGCGCAGCGAGUUGAUUGGCCAGGAGCAGAUGCGCCAGACCACGUUGAAAUCGCUGGGCAUCUUGGAGGGCCGCGCCAUGAUGCGGCUAAUCGACAAGAAGCCCGAGGAGCUCAAGACCCAGGCCAAUGUGUACAAAGCUCCAGUAGCCAAAACUCCGGUGGAUAACGACGACCAGCCCAGCACUUCCCGCUCUGCAAUGGCGGCCAGCGGAAGAGGCGGUGGCUUUGCCCUCACCAGCAACAUGAUCAAGAAUCUGAAGCGCACGGCACCUGAAGAAAACGCCACCGGAAGUGAACCAGCACAGACCUCGGAAAAAUCCGAGCAGAAGCAGGAGCAGCAGCAACAGCCAGAGGCACCGAAGUACGACUGGGGCAGUGGCUCCGGAUACUCCAUGCACCAUCCAGCGGGCCGAAAACCGGCGGAGAACGAAGCCGAGGAAAUUCCCGGGCGAGCACCGCCCGUGGUAAAUGUGAUUGGACCGCGCCAGGCAGUACUCUUCUCUCUGGACGAGACCAAGAAAAUUGCCGACGAUCUGCCGGACUCAUUCUUCGAUCUGACCGUCAACGAUCUGAAGAUGGUGCUGCGCGAUUUGAAGCGCACUUCGAGCGGAGACGACGACGCUCCCUUGCUGACGGCCAAGCUUAGGGAGCUCGAACGCCAGAAGGCCAUGUUGGCCAAGCUGAAUCAGUACAAGGACUGUGUGCUGCGCAUUCAGUUCCCCGAUCGAUUCGUCCUCCAGGGCAUCUUCAAGCCGCACGAGCCGCUGUCCAUGGUGGAGGAGUUUGUUCGGGAGUUCUUGGCCCAGCCAGGCGAACAGUUCCACCUCUUCACCAUCCCGCCGAAGAAGGUGCUGCCCUCCGAGGAAACGCUCCUUGAGCUGAACUUUGUGCCCAAUGCCAUAGUGCACUUUGGUUUCCUGAAGGACUCUCUGAAUGCGGUGAGCAAUCGCUUCGUGAAGGAGCAGUACGUGGGGCAGCUGACCUCCGAAGAGGGGGCGCACUAUGCCGUGCAAAAAUAUCGCCUCACCCGGGUCACGGCGACGGGAACCAGCUAAUGAAUGGAUGGCUUUAAGCGAACAGUUUGCGUGAUAUUAAAUGAAUCCGCUUUAUUUCUAUGUUUCAUAAAUUUUGUUUACAUAUAAAUUGCAUCAUGAAGGAA